AGUGAUUUUCCAUGGCAGAACAGUGAGUCACAGAGCAAUCAUCUCCAGCUAGCUGGUGAUUUGUCACCGCGUGGCUCGCACGCUUCCCUUCAAAUGGGAGAUACACAAGUAUAAGGAGGGAAAAAACUCUUCAAACAGACCUUUAAAUUGGGUACAGGCUUAUAUUUUAAGGAAGCAUCUGGUGUCAACGUUUUCCUUUUAUUUUAACAAAUCUUCGCCGUUCUGUGGAGUCUUAGGCGACGCUCCGGGUAGAGACACAAAUGAAUUUCCUCUCUACGUUGCAGAGCCUUGUCAACCGCGACACCGGGGUCAACAGGGGGUCUGGAACGACGGACGCAACUCUUACACGCCGGCUUUCAACUCUGGUUUUCUGGAAAACGUAUUCGAAACUUGAGAACGAGCCUUGGUUUGACGGGUUGGUUUCUCUCCCACCUUGCUUAGGAUUCAAGACCACUUUCGACGAGGUUGAAGCUGGCGUCAGAUCACGCAAUGAGCCAGGCAGAGCUGAUUUGGGGCGCCUUCUCGUUGAUGUUUCUGGGGGCCCUUGUCACUAUGUGCAUGAAAUGUCAAGGGAAGAAACAGGACGAGAACAGUUUUGGCAGACAGACGGAGCAGCACGUUGCAGCUGACUCUACAGUGGGAAGAGAGAGGAACUCGGCGUGCGCUCAGAUUCACACUUUGUCACUGAGAUAUGAAGAUGACCUGAGAUUCGAGAUGCCACACUCUUAUUCGAUAUCAAGACAAGAAUAUCUGAAAGCCCCAUACAGCAAGCUAGGGCCAAGCCAAAGCACCAAACAACCUUCGCUACCAAGACAGUUUGAGAGCAGAGUUGAGUCCAGGUAUCAGAAUUUGGAGAAAGGAAUGCCAACGGAAUUCGACACGGCUUACAUUCAACCCAUCUCUACGGAUCAUUAUUGCAGCACCCAAGAUUUCUUAAGACCUUCAACGGGUUCAGACGAAGAUUCCCCUUCGUAUCAAAACGUGAGCGGGCCGUCCGGAAGCAACAGAUGGGAUUCAACCAACGUGGAGGUCUAUGAGAACAGCACAAUAAUCCAGUUGUGGAAACACUCACAGAGUCAAGGACACUCCUCUGAGGAUGAUGAACCAGACUACGUUAAUGAAAAUCCACAGAGAAGAAGGAUGCCAACAAAUGGGAGCAAUUUGAUUUGCAUUCCUGCCCUGAGCGAGAAGCUGGACGUGAUGGCCUUAACGAGGCUCUUUCCAGCUCCAUGA